AUGGCAUCCAUGUCCUUUGCUCCUCACUCCCACUGGCACCAGCCCAGCGGGCCCCGCGGUCCUAGCAGUGAACGACGGAACUCAGCCACAGAUAUUUCUUCUAGCUUACCUUUCAACUUUGUGCCGCAGGAAUCGUCACCUCACAAUCCGCCCACACAUAAGAGGGCCCCACCUCCUUUACCCGCGUUUUCCUUCCCUCAGCUCCCAGAACCAGGUCCUGCUUCAGCCCCGUUGACGACUAGUUCGCAAUAUGCUGGGUAUAAUAAACGAGACAGCGAACAGAACGGUGGAGAAACCUUGAACAGCGUUCCGUCCACUUUGUCUACCAUGCCAGCUCAGACGCUCCCCAACCCUGGGCCUGGACUUAGCGCCCGAGGUCCGGGCAGGCGUGGUCAUGCCCACCGUAGAUCCGCAGCUAUCUCGAGCGUGGAUUUGACCGCUAUCACUAAAGCAUUCCCGCCGAAACCAGUCAAUGGCAGCGCUCCGACGACCCCCGUUGAUUCAAAGAAGUACCAUAAUGGCAACGAAGAUGCUGCAAGUUUGAGUCCAUGUUCAUUCUCAAAUAGAAAUGCUGCCUACACCCCUCCUCUUACUCCUCGCAAAUCGGAUGAACAACUAAGAUUGUCGCCGAAGUUGAGACCUGAGCCCCUGGAAUCUGCCGCUGAACAGCGCCGUCCGCUUUCUUUUGUUUCUUCAGAAGACAGCAUGUCUACUGUUCGCCCCAGGCAUUCCCGAUCUGAUAGCACCGUGGAUAGCGUUGGACCGAAAACUCUGGCUGGCGAUACCGUUACGCGGCCAAAAACUGCCGGAGCCAAUUUCGAUUUAGGCAGAGCACAGUUUGGUGAUUCAAAGGACAGUCUGACGGAGCGUCCACGCACUGCUUCCGCUUCCAUGGCUUUGUCCACUGAUUCUGUGGAUGUGGCCUCCAAACUACCAUCGGGCAAGAAACCUUUAACUGCCCGGCAUCCGCUCUACAACUCAGUACUUUCAGAAGAGAUACCAUCCAUUCCGCAACGCACAGUCUCCAAUAGGAAACAAAGCAAGAAGCAAAAGAAAAUGCGAUCUUGGGCUGGCAUUCUUACUCGGAAAGGCAAGAAACGAGGAAAUAAGAGGCCGCCAUCCCGGAGAGCCCCCACGCCACCGCCGGUCCUCACUCGAACAAACUCCGCAAUGAGCUCUUUGUAUGGGGUAGACUUUGACUCGGACAACACAAUUGUGAUCCGAACGCCCACUGAUCCCAAUGCGCCCCGACGCUCCUUGCCUGCUGCCCUGAAGGAUGACACUCUUGAAUUAGAUACUUCAUGGAAACCUCAAAGCUUCUAUGAUCAAGGAAGAGAGUUGGACAUGUUUAGCCCAGUUAUUGAUUUAGAUGCGGCUUUAGGUCCCUUCAACACCCCUGAAAUGGGAUCCGAUCGCCCUGUCAGUGGCUUCUCCGCCGCAACAAGACGUAUGUACAGUGGUGGUAGGCGAGGGGAGUUUGUCGGUCCAGAGAUGCGGUACCAUCGGCGUGCAGAGAGUGCCCCGGAAAUGCCGCCGUUCGACCGAUCUGGACUUGGCCUUGGCCGUCAUAGUACAGCAGCGAUGCUUAAUCCUGACGUGUUUGAUGAAAAGGAAGAGGAUGAGUUUCUUGCAGAAACUAACAAACCACGUCAAGUCGAGGAAACACCAAGCCACCCCAUGUUGUCGCAUAUGCCCUCUACUAAAACUGAGAAGACUUUCGUGAAGCAUUGUUCAACAUCUACGAUCAAGUUCGAGACCUCGAGGAAUAACGCUGGACUGGGAAUCCAAAUCGUCGAUAUUGCUGAUGAAUUCUUAUCAUCUAACGCCACCACGCCUCAAACAAUUGAUAGUUGCCCAAGUACAACUGUGGCCGGCACUCCCUGCACCCCACAUUGGGAUAUCUCUGGCAUCCCUCGCAACUCCAAACUGGACGUUUCACCCAGGGAUACAGUUGAGCACCUCGACACGGACCCUUGGUCCGGGCAACCAGACAACUCAACCAACCCCACAUCUCCACCUUCUCCCUUGUAUCAUGAGAGGUGCCCCUCUGGACCUUUUGGUAUUUCACAGGAUAUUUCGAAAGCUCCCCUACCACUGCAGCCAGGCGUACCUAUAACAGAUUCGGCAACACCUUCUCCCGCCCCAUCCAUGACAUCCUUCGACCCUCCUCGUUUAGCAACACCUUCUUCCGUCACUGAUAGGCAAGCAACCAAUUCUGUCUAUAGCGGUGAGCCUGGAAGCGAAUGUUUCCAUAACUCCGUUGAAGACGUGCCGUCGCUGACGAGUAGCGCUUCGACUAUGACCGGCACAAUCCCGCGGCUAUCAUCCGGGCUCCAUUCCAAGGCUGCUGGAGACCGAUGCUCUUCAUUUUCUGCUUUAAACCGUCCUCGACCAAGCUCUUCGCACACCACCAAACGCUCGAGUCUUGUCAGCCUUUCAAGACUGGUGGGCGUGGCAUCAGCAGAGAAAAGCAAACUCAGCUAUGAGCACAAAGCUCCUACGGAUGAGGUAGAAAAGAAGAAAAAGAAAGGCAAUAGAAUAAGUCGCCUGAUGCAUUUUUGGAAAAGCAAGGAGAAAGAAAAGCAAAAAGACAUUCAGUAA